AAUUUACUCAACCCUCAUAAGAAGAUGCUGUCAAUUCGCUCAGGUUAUGUUUUGGGACUUUGGUUAUGAAGAUUGGGGGAUAGGUUCCAGAGAAAAAUGAAUAUUUCUUCCAAAGUAUUCCAAUCGGCAAUAAUAAACAAGACAAAUGUUCGAAGGAUAGCAAGCACUGUUCCAAGAUGUUCGGCUCAAUCAGAGCGCAAGGUGCCACUUUCAUCGCAAGCCCAAACGCAAUCCAACUCUCCAUCAUCUUCUGAACAAAGGAAGCCUGUAGUGCCGUCGGAAUACCGCUUCGUUUAUCCCGAAUUCCUCCCUGAUCCCAAGUUAGAAUGGCGUAAUCCGAUUCGCGAGAAAUUAGAACGAAUGGACAUGCUCAAUCGGCGCAAACAUAUCGACAUCCCUGAAUUCUACGUUGGGUCGAUAAUGGCUGUGACCUACUCUGAGCCCUAUUCGGCCGGGAAAGUGAGUCGGUUUGUAGGAAUCUGCAUUGACCGUGAUCGAUGCGGCCUUCGGGCCCGUUUCAUCCUUCGUAAUGUAAUCGACUUCCAAGGAAUCGAAGUGGAGUAUGAAAUGUACGACCCGGCAAUUCAGAAAAUAGAAGUUCUACGCCUUGAAAAACGUCUGGACGAUAAACUCUAUUAUCUACGUGAUGCGCUGCCAGAGUAUAGUACAUUCGACGUGAACAUGGAACCGGAGCUUUUGCCUGAAGGCGCUCCAGUCCCCGUGAAUGAUAUCAAAGUGAAACUUCGUCCGAGGCCGUGGCUUGAACGAUGGGAGCGGCAGAACCUGAAAGGUGUAGAAAACAUUGAAGAGCAUCUGAAGGAGAAACACAUCCUUAAAGCCAAAGCCCGCGAAACACCUUGGGAGAAAUACGAUUUGAUGAAGCAAUAUCGGAAGACGAUACCAGAAGAAGAGCAAAAGGAAAUUUACGCUGAAGUGUAUUCACAGCUGCAUCAGCUGGAAUUGGCCAGGAAGAAGAUGAAGCGCAAACGAACGUUCAUUAAACCGACAAAAUUGGCGUAGACUAAGAUGGAUUUGUAUUGCAGAUUGUAAUAUUGUUGUUAGGAUAAAAUAUUUCGUUUUUUCUUCGUA